GAGUUGAAGUCCAGCAAUAGCGAGGGAGAGGAAGUUCGGGUGACGUCACCCUCCGCAGAGCCGGAAGCAGCACGAAUUCUCCGCGUCGAGCUUCCUUCCGGUCGUGUCGCUGGCGGCCUGUGGAGGCGACGGAAAGUGCCUUUUGUAACGCAAAUGGGUGAGGAAAAGGAAUCUUGGAAAGUGAAAACGUUAGAUGAGAUUCUUCAGGAGAAAAAGCGCCGGAAAGAGCAAGAAGAGAAAGCCGACACCAAGCGCCUCAAAAAUUCUGAUGAUCGGGACUCAAAGCGCGAUUCCCUUGAAGAGGGAGAAUUGAGGGAUCACCGCAUGGAGAUCACGAUCAGGAAUUCGCCUUACCGCAGAGAAGAUUCUAUGGAGGACCGAGGAGAAGAGGACGACUCCCUGGCCAUCAAACCCCCACAGCAGAUGUCGCGAAAGGAGAAGGCCCAUCACCGGAAGGACGAGAAGCGGAAAGAGAAGCGGCGGCAUCGCAGCCACUCGGCAGAAGGGAAGCACGUGAGGGUGAAAGAGAAGGAGCGUGAGCACGAACGUAGGAAAAGGCACCGCGAAGAGCAGGAUAAGGCCCGCCGCGAAUGGGAGAGGCAGAAAAGGAGAGAGAUGGCCAGGGAGCAUUCGCGGAGAGAGAGGGACGAGCAAAGUCUCGCUGCAGAAAACCCGGGUUUGGUCACAAAUCCCUUGAAGCAGCGGAUUCGCAGCCCGAACAAUAAGGAUCGCCUGGAGCAGCUUGAGCGGAAACGGGAGCGAGAGAGGAAAAUGAGGGAGCAGCAGAAAGAGCAGCGGGAAAUAAAGGAACGGGAGAGGCGAGCGGAGGAGAGGCGGAAGGAGCGGGAAGCCAGGCGAGAGAUUUCGGCGCAUCACCGAACGAUGAGAGAAGAAUACGGGGAGAAGAUCCGGAUCUGGAGCCGCAGCCCUUUGAGGCAACAGCGGGAGAAGCUGGAGCAGGGAGAGAUCCGGAAGACAGUGAAGGAGGAAAAGCCCGAAGAGCGGGACCCGCUUUCAGAUCUGCAGGACAUCAGCGAGAGCGAGAGGAAAACCAGCUCGGCUGAAACGUCAUCAGGGGAGUCAGGCUCCGGCUCAGAAGAGGAGGAGGAGGAAGAAGAGGAAGAGGAGGAGGAGUCCAGUAGCGAAGAAUCUGAAGAGGAGGAGGAAGAGGAGGAAGAGGAAGACGAGGAGACGGGAAGCAACUCCGAAGAAGUGUCUGAGCAGUCGGCUGAAGAGGUGAGCGAAGAUGAAAUGAGCGAAGAGGAGGAAAGGGAGAACGGAGACCACAUCCCAGUUGUUACAGAGUCGAGGUUCGACCGGGAUUCUGCCGGGAGCGAAGCCGAGGAGGAGGACCCCGGGGACGGGACCCCGCAGUCCAACGCCAUGACGGAAGGCGAUUAUCUCCCCGAGUCGCCCAUGUCGUCGCCAGUCGAGCUCAAGCAAGAGCUGCCCAAAUACCUCCCUGCCCUUCAGGGGUGUCGCAGCGUGGAAGAGUUUCAGUGCCUGAAUCGGAUUGAGGAAGGAACGUACGGAGUUGUUUACAGAGCCAAAGACAAGAAAACAGAUGAGAUUGUCGCCCUGAAGCGGCUGAAGAUGGAGAAGGAGAAAGAAGGCUUCCCGAUCACCUCCUUGAGGGAAAUCAACACCAUCUUGAAGGCUCAGCACCCAAACAUCGUCACCGUCAGGGAGAUUGUAGUUGGAAGUAACAUGGACAAAAUCUACAUCGUGAUGAAUUACGUGGAACACGACCUCAAGAGCCUAAUGGAGACCAUGAAGCAGCCGUUCUUACCAGGUGAAGUGAAAACCCUGAUGAUCCAGCUCUUGCGGGGCGUCAAACACCUUCACGACAACUGGAUCCUUCACCGGGAUUUGAAAACCUCCAACUUGCUGUUGAGCCACGCUGGCAUUUUGAAAGUAGGAGACUUUGGCCUGGCCCGUGAAUACGGGUCUCCUCUGAAGCCAUACACUCCUGUUGUGGUGACGUUAUGGUACAGGGCACCGGAAUUGCUGCUUGGAGCCAAGGAAUAUUCCACAGCCAUUGACAUGUGGUCCGUGGGCUGUAUAUUCGGAGAGCUCUUGACCCAGAAGCCGCUGUUUCCGGGGAAGUCAGAAAUCGACCAAAUAAACAAAGUUUUCAAGGACCUGGGGACCCCCAGCGAGAAAAUCUGGCCUGGAUACAACGAACUGCCGGCCGUGAAGAAGAUGACCUUCACGGAGUAUCCGUACAACAACCUCCGCAAGCGCUUUGGGGCACUCCUCUCCGACCAAGGCUUCGAUCUGAUGAACAAAUUCCUGACCUACUUCCCAGGCAGGAGGAUCACCGCCGAGGACGGCUUGAAGCACGAGUAUUUCCGGGAGACGCCGCUGCCCAUCGACCCCUCCAUGUUCCCCACGUGGCCGGCCAAAAGCGAGCAGCCCCGAGUCAAGCGGGGAACGAGCCCUCGGCCGCCGGAGGGGGGACUCGGAUACAGCCAACUGGGCGACGACGACCUGAAAGAUACCGGCUUCCACCUCACGACCACCAACCAAGGGGCAUCGGCCGCAGGACCGGGCUUCAGCCUCAAGUUUUGAGCAAAAGGCCACUCGGCCGUCUUUGUUUUCCGCAAAGAGAGGACCGCUAAAGGCCAGCCGAUGAUGCUUUAUUCUCCUCCCGAAGUGUUGGGAAUGCGCUUCUCGGGCUCCCAUUUCCAGGACUGGAAUGAAUCCGAACCCUUUUGCACAAAGCAGGACCUCCGAGGACGUUUCUGGAUCCGUUUUCCUUUCUUUUGUUGUGAAUAUUUAAAGGCUAACCUUCCGGUUGGGGGGAGGUUUGUUUUGUUUGUACAUUUGUAGAAUAAAAUCAAAAACAAAUGGGAUUUUAUAA